UCUCCUAUGGCUGCCACCACAAACGCUCCCACAUUCUUCUUCUUCCUCCUCCUCCUCUCGUCUUCCUUCUCGUUCUAUACCGCUCGUGCCAACCCCAAUUAUCGAGACGCUUUGGCUAAGUCCUUAUUGUUCUUCCAAGGACAACGCUCUGGUAGAAUCCCAAAUGGUCAACAAAUCGCUUGGAGGUCCAACUCUGGUCUCUAUGACGGUGAACUCGCUCAUGUGGAUUUAACCGGCGGGUACUACGACGCCGGCGACAAUGUCAAAUUCAACUUACCGAUGGCAUUCACAACCACAAUGCUUUCAUGGGGAGCACUCGAGUACGGAGCGCGUAUGGGCUCGGAGUUACCCAACACACGCGCCGCCAUCCGUUGGGCCACGGACUACCUUCUCAAGUGCGCAACCGCCACACCCGGCAAGCUCUACGUCGGCGUCGGCGACCCCAACGUCGACCACAAAUGCUGGGAACGACCGGAGGACAUGGAUACAGUUAGGACUGUCUACUCUGUCUCUGCCGCAAACCCGGGGUCUGAUGUGGCCGGCGAGACAGCCGCCGCUCUCGCCGCCGCGUCGUUGGUGUUCCGGCGGGUAGACAGAAAGUACUCCGGGCUGCUAUUGGCGACGGCGAAGAAGGUGUUUCAGUUUGCCGUUGAGCAUCGAGGGUCGUACAGUGAUUCGCUUGGAUCGGCUGUUUGUCCGUUUUAUUGCUCUUAUUCUGGGUAUAAGGAUGAGCUUGUGUGGGGAGCAACAUGGCUACUAAGAGCAACAAACGAUGUUCGAUACUUCAAUUUGUUGAAGUCGUUGGGCGGCGACGAUGUUCCCGACAUCUUUAGUUGGGACAACAAAUAUGCUGGUGCUCAUGUUCUUCUCUCCCGGCGAGCAUUACUGAACAAUGACAAGAACUUUGAUUCCUACAAACAAGAAGCUGAGUCAUUCAUGUGUCGGAUUCUACCUAAUUCUCCCUAUUCCAGCACUCAAUACACACAAGGGGGAUUGAUGUUCAAGUUGCCACAAAGUAACCUCCAAUAUGUGACAUCCAUAACAUUUUUGCUGACCACAUAUUCCAAGUACAUGUCCGCCGCCAAGCACACCUUCAACUGCGGCGGCGUUCUUGUCACUCCGACAUCCCUCAAGAAUCUAGCAAAGCAACAGGUUGAUUAUAUAUUGGGAGUGAACCCAUUGAAGAUGUCAUACAUGGUGGGGUUUGGCAAAACCUUCCCCAAAAGAAUCCACCACAGAGGCUCUUCGCUGCCGUCCAAGGCCAGCCACCCUCAGGCCAUCGGCUGCGACGGCGGUUUUCAGCCCUUUUUCUACUCCUACAACCCCAACCCCAACAUCUUAACCGGCGCCGUCGUUGGUGGCCCCAAUCAGAACGAUGGCUUUCCCGACGACCGCUCUGAUUACAGCCACUCCGAACCCGCCACGUACAUCAACGCCGCCCUUGUUGGCCCCCUUGCCUUCUUCUCUGGCAAGACUAAAUGAUUCGAUAAGAUCUUAUGUUAUAACUACGUGAAUAUAGCUAGAUUGAUCCCCGAACGUGCGGAUAAAAAUAGCUCUUUUCUUUUUCUAAAUG